CAAAAAUCUUGUCCGCGGAAAUGGCCGAACAACAAGAACGGAUGAGUCGACAAAACCCAGAUCAGACAGUCCCCAUCUCAGUCGAACCUCGAAGCCAAGACUCGAACAGACCAUCGAACUUCCCCUUGCCUGCGAAACUCAAGUACGUGAAGCUCGGCUACCACUACCUCAUCUCCAACGCCAUGUACUUACUCCUCGUGCCACUCCUCGGCAUCUCCUCCGCCCACCUCUCGACCCUCACGGCCAGAGACCUGGCCCAGCUCUGGGACCAGCUCAGGUUCAACCUCGUCAGCGUUGUCCUCUGCUCGACCCUCAUGGUGUUUCUGGUCACUCUCUACUCCAUGGCCCGACCCAGGAAAGUCUACCUCGUCGACUUCGCCUGCUACAAGCCUGACCCGGCCCGGAUAUGCACCCGUGAGACCUUCAUGGAGCGGUCGGAGCUCACGACUGCCUUCACUGAGGAGAACCUAGCUUUCCAGCAGCGGAUCCUUGAGCGGUCCGGGCUCGGACAGCGGACGUACGUGCCUGAGGCCGUGCUCCGGGUCCCACCAAACCAGUGCCUAGAAGAAGCGCGGGCAGAGGUUGAGGCCGUCAUGUUUGGGGCGGUCGACCAGCUGCUGGCCAAGACCAGGGUCAAGGCCAAGGACAUAGGGAUCCUGGUCGUGAACUGCAGCUUGUUCAACCCGACGCCAUCACUGUCGGCGAUGGUCGUGAGCCACUACAAGCUCAGCGAGAAUGUGUUGAGCUACAAUCUUGGCGGGAUGGGUUGCAGCACUGGAUUGAUUUCUAUCGACCUUGCUAACCAGUUAUUACAGGUGCAUCCUAACUCUUAUGCCCUAGUGGUGAGCAUCGAGAGCAUCACCCUCAACUGGUACUUCGGCAAUGACCGGUCGAUGCUGGUCACGAACUGCCUCUUCCGGAUGGGCGGCGCAGCGAUCCUCCUCUCCAACCGGUCCUCUGACCGCCGGCGCUCCAAGUACCAACUCAUCCACACCGUGCGCACCCACAAAGGCUCGGAUGACAAGAGCUACGGCUGCGUGUUCCAGCGAGAGGACGAGAAGAAGAUAGUCGGCGUGUCGCUUUCCAAGGACUUGAUGGCGGUCGCCGGGGAAGCCCUAAAGACCAACAUCAUGACCCUCGGCCCGUUAGUGCUUCCGAUGUCGGAGCAGCUCUUGUUCUUCGUGACCUUGGUUGCGAGGAAGGUGUUCAAGAUGAAGAUUAGGCCGUACAUUCCCGACUUCAAGCUGGCCUUCGAGCAUUUUUGCAUCCACGCUGGAGGCCGAGCUGUUCUCGACAAGAUAGAGAAGAACCUCGAGCUCACCGAUUGGCACAUGGAGCCCUCACGAAUGACUCUAUGCCGGUUCGGGAACACGUCGAGUAGCUCGCCAUGGUACGAAUUGACCUAUUCGGAGGCCCAAGGAAGGAUUAGGAAAGGCGAUAGGACAUGGCAGAUUGCUUUCGGGUCCGGAUUCAAGUGCAACAGCGUAGUAUGGCGGGCGCUGAGGACUGUCGACCCGACGAAGGAGAAGAACCCAUGGAUGGACGAGAUUCACGAGUUCCCCAUCCAUGUUCCGAAAGCGGUGUCCAUUGGAUCUACCGUGAAAUAAGCGCAUCGAUCGGGAUUUUGGCCAUAUAGGCAAGGUUCAUUCUGAAGGGUACGCAGAACCUUAAUAAUCAUUUUACCUCGUGUUUAUGCACAAGCAUCAUUCCAAAACUA